CCCGGUUCCUUAUGGCUGCGCCGCCGCCACUGCCGGCACGCCUCCGCGCCCGCCCGCUGUCCUGACCGCGCCGCCGGCCGGCCGGCGCUUCUCUCCACGCGGAACCGCCAUCCCGCCGCCAUGAAGUGUCACUACGAGGUGCUGGGCGUGAAGCGCGACGCCGCCGAUGAGGAACUGAAGCGGGCUUACCGCCGGCUGGCGCUGCGCUGGCACCCGGAUAAAAACCUAGAGAACGCCGAGGAAGCAGCAGAGCAGUUCAAGUUAAUUCAGGCAGCGUACGACGUUCUCAGUGACCCCCAGGAAAGAGCCUGGUACGAUAAUCACAGGGAGGCUCUGCUGAAAGGAGGAGCUGAUGGAGACUAUCAAGAUGAUAGUUUAGAUCUGCUGCACUACUUCACUGUUAGCUGUUACUCUGGAUACGGAGAUGAUGAAAAGGGAUUCUUUACAGUCUAUCGACAAGUUUUUGAAAAGAUUGCAAAAGAAGAGAUGGAAUAUAUGACCCACGAAGAUACUGAAGAAUUCCCUAUGUUUGGAUAUUCCCAAAGUGACUAUGAUACGGUGGUCCACCCUUUCUACGCAUAUUGGCAGAGUUUCUGUACUCAGAAGAACUUUGCUUGGAAAGAAGAAUAUGACACACGACAAGCCUCAAACCGCUGGGAGAAACGAGCUAUGGAAAAAGAGAACAAGAAAACAAGAGAUAAAGCAAGGAAAGAAAGGAAUGAACUGGUCCGUCAGCUAGUAGCCUUUAUUCGUAAAAGGGAUAAAAGAGUACAGGCUCACAGAAAACUUGUAGAAGAACAAAAUGCAGAAAAAACUAGGAAAGCAGAAGAAUUUCGGAGGCAGCAGAAGCUCAAACAAGCCAAGCUUGCUGAGCAGUAUAAAGAGCAGAGCUGGAUAACAAUGUCAGAUCUGGAGAGAGAAUUGCAAGAGAUGGAGGCACAAUAUGAAAAGGAAUUUGGAGAUGGAUCAGAUGAUGAAGAUGAAUUAGAAGAACAGGUUACAAAAGGCUUUGAAGACAAACUGAAUGAUGAGACUGAAGAAGCUGAAUUUGUUGAUGGUCUGUACUGCCCUGCUUGUGACAAAUUGUUAAAAACUGAGAAAGCCAUGAAAAAUCAUGAAAAAUCAAAGAAGCAUCGAGAGAUGUUAGCACUGUUACGACAGCAGCUGGAGGAAGAAGAAGGGAAAUUUCCUGUGUCUCUGGAUGAUGCCAAUGGAACACAUAUCAAAGAGGAGGAAGAAACAGAAGACAUGCCCAAACAGAAACUCUCAAAGAAGCAGAGGAAAAAACAGAAAACAAUGAUGACUUAUGAGAACUCUCUUGAUAACAGUGCUGAUGAAGAAACAGCUGAAGAAAAGGAGGUGCCCUGCGUGGACAAGGACGGUGGCUCAGCAGAGGAGUUGGGAAAUGAUGGCCAAAGAUGUGCUGCAUCAGAUGACGCAAGCACUACAGAAGACCUGGGCCAAGUGAUUGAAGCAAAAAGCAGUACUAAGCCCAAAGGGAAAAAAGCCAAGGAUGCAAAAAAGUCUGCUAAGGCAUCUUCAGAGCACUCAACAAUGAAUGAAGUUCCCAUCCACUGUGUAACCUGCAACUGUGCGUUUCCAUCCCGAAAUAAACUCUUUGAACACCUAAAAGCCACGGGACAUGCAAAAGCAACACAAGCGCCAGCGGUAAAUGGAGCUGUAAACACCAGAAACAAAAAAGAGAAACGUAAAAACAGAUAAACUUUGUUGCAGUGACAGUCUUCAGAAUGGUACGUGAAAACUUUCCCAAAACUGAGGUGCACAUUGGCUGUGUUCAGAGUUAAACAGAGAAGGCAAGUCUUAAUCUUGGGGAAAAAGGAAGAUGCAGCAAAAGGAAUGUUUUUAUCUUGUGAAGGAACCUGUGUUUUCUUCAGGUCUGAUCAACCUUUCUUCAGUGGCUGGAUUUUACCUAUUAUUUCAGCAGCUUUUACAUUGAUGGUGGUGAAACUAAUUCAAAGUUACUCACCUUGUGUUCCUGUAGAAACUUGCAACGGUAAAGUACCCAGAGGAAAUAAUAAAUUAUUUUAACUCUUCUGCUGCUGCUUUUCUUUUGAGAGGGCUUAGCUGAGGCGGAGCGUAGCCAAUAGAAGGGCCUGUGCUUCUUUGAUCAUUUAUCAGAGAGCAAAUAUCACUGAGACAUGGACAGGCUUUUCUUCUGCAUCCCUAGGGGCCCUUUCAGAUUACUUAAUUAUAUUAAACAGCAGGCAGAAGGGAAAGAUUAAGAUGACAAAACUGGUUCAUCAGUUUUGACAAUUCCUGCUGGUUUUGUACACCUACCUGCAUGCCAGGUGUCAGAAAAAAAGUCUUGUGGAACAGCCUUGCUCGAAUAACUGAAGGGAGAAAUUAAUGUGUGACACGAAAUUAAUUUCUUCUGAUUUCCAAUGAAAAACAACAUAGGCAUUGGUAUUGCACCUCUGUUUAAAUGCAUCAUCUACCUGAUCUUGAGUAGCACUUUAAAAAAAAAAAAAAAGUGGAAUAAGAAACACUCGAUUUUGGAGUGGAAGGGGAUUUUACACAGGAGUUGUCAGUGCAGCUGGAGAAGGCAGUGCUCAGCAGGGGCUGCAGCAUGUUGUUUAGGAAACCCCUGGAGUGAAAUUUUGCAGAAGCACUGAUCUUGCGUUAUUUAAGUCUCUCUGAAGUUUCAACUCAUCACACAAAAUGGCAGAAUUCUCUCCUUCCCCCACAAGCUGACAUGGUACCUUUAUUGGGUCAAGGAAUAAUUCAGAUGUUAAAAUUUGAAUGAAAGUAAAAUGAUGAAUGUACCGUUCUUGAUGACUGUCCACAAUGUCUUUUUUUUUGGUUGGAAACUGAAAGAAUGAACUAAAAAUUUUUAAAAAGUAAUUAUGUAAGAAAGAAACACAGCAUCUUAUUUCACCAGCCAGAGUUUGUAUCUGCUAAAUGGCUAAGGGGUGUGCUGUGCAAUCACAAAAGCUGCAGGCGGAAAGGAAAAGCAUAUUUUAGAGAGGAUGAUGACUGGAUUAGAGCCCCAUGAUAGCAAUUUCUGUAAUUAGAAACUUUCCAACUUUGUGCAAACCUUUUUUUUUUUUUUUUUUUUAUGCUCUACUACUGCAUAUCCUUGUAGUUAGGGUAAAGAGUUUUAACUCUUGUUUGAAACCUCCAGUUAUGUUCUGCUCAGGGUGGUUCUCGACCAGAGACUGACUAUGCUAAUGUAAGUGAAAUAUCACAGACUGAACCCUGCAGUAUUACUUUUUGAUUUUUUUCCCCCCUUAUUUAAAUAAAAACAAA